AUGAAUUCACACUUCAGUCGAGGUGUCAGGCUAACAUCUACAUACCAAGAUUUCAGUUCUUCUGCACCUCUGGCUGGAGAUAUAAAGGGUAUCCUCCUGGAUGACUUGUGGGACAAGGUGGCAAUGGGUGAGUCUCGUAAGCACACAAGGAUAAGCCAUCUGCUCCUCUGGCUGGAGAUGUUGAUCAUUCAUUCAACAUGGCCUUUGACUUGGCAUGCUCAACACACCAGCCUCCCAGAAGUAGUGAGACCGUUUCGGGUCACAAGCAACAGAACAAUGUGGGCUAUGAGAUGGCUGACAUAUAGCCUGAACUUUGGGAGUCAGAGGCAUGUUGCCUACAUGAAAGUAAAAAAGGUUUUCAUGUCUAGACACCUCUCUGUUUUCACCUACACUGACCAAGGUGCUCUACACAAGGACCAGCCUUUUGUUCAGAAGGAUUGCUACUACCAUGGCUAUAUAGAUGGAGACCCAGAGUCCAUGGUUGCCCUUACCACCUGUUUGGGGGGAUUUCAAGGAACAUUACAGAUAAAUGGGACUGUAUAUGAAAUCAAGCCCAAGAACCUUUCUUCCACAUUCGAACAUUUGGUUCACAAGAUAGACAGUGAGGAGUCACAAUUACUCCCCAUGAGGUGCGCACUAACAGAAGAGGAAAUAGGCCAGCAAAUGAAGCUUCAAGAGAAUGAUAACGCAGAACUGAUGCAAAGCAGCUAUAAGGGUUGGUGGACCCACAAGCAUUCUCUUAACCUGGCAUUGGUUGUAGACCAAGAUCGAAUUCGUUAUCUGAAUGGCAAUCUGUCGCAUGUGUUAGUAGAAGUAUUGAUCAUUGUGCAUGUAAUAAAUGAGGUGUUUCUUACACUGGAUGUUGAGGUAGUUCUAUUUGGAGUUGAGAUGUGGCAUGCAGGAAACCAAGUGAAAAUGACUACCAUAGAUUGCCUCGUGAAGGAUUGUUGCUAUUGGGAGAAGUGGAUGAGCCUUAAUUAUCCUAUUCAAAAUGAUGUUGCACAUCUUUUCGUGAAACAUGAUUUUGGUGCAAAUGGCUUAGCUUAUGUUGGAUCUCUUUGUGUGCAAUCUAAUAAUUGUGGAGUUGAUCGUCUUGAAGACUCUGAACUUCAUCAAUUUGGACAACUUACAGAACAUGGGAUUGGUUAUAAUUUGGGUAUGAACCAUGAUGAGUACACAUGUAAAUGUGAACAUUUUGUAUGCAUAAGGGAUCCAGGAGCCACUGGUGUCAACAAACUCAGCAACUGCAAUUACGCCGCAUUUUAGACAACCUAUGCUACUACCAACUGUCUGCUCAAGGAAAAGAAGCUGGUAAGCAAGCUCAAAUUCAAGUUCUGCAGGAAUGGUGAAGUAGAGGAUGGAUACCAGUGCGAUUUUGGAUCCUGGCAGGCAUGUAGAGCUGAUCCGUGUUGUAUGGAGGGCUGCGUGCUCCAACGUGGAGCUUCGUGUGCUUUUGGACUUUGCUGCAAAGGUUGCCAGAUCAUGCCAUCAGGCACACUGUGCAGAGAAGCUGACAAUGAAUGUGACCUUCCAGAAUGGUGUAACGGAGAGUCACAUGAGUGCCCUAAUGAUGUCUACUUGCUUGACGGGAGCUCCUGUAAAGAUGGUGGAUACUGCUAUGAAAAGAGAUGUAAUAAGCGAGAUGAACAGUGCCAGCAAAUCUUUGGCAAAGAAGCCAGAAGUGUAGCUCUGAGAUGCUACAGGGAAAUCAACACCCAAGGUGACCGUUUUGGCAACUGUGGUCUCUUCAGAAGUACAUACCUAAGAUGUAAUGACUCAGACAUCCUCUGUGGGAGAGUUCAGUGUGAGAAUGUGAAAGCUAUCCCUACUUUGGAAGGACAUUCCACUGUUCACUGGACUAACCUCAAUGGUGUCACCUGUUGGGGAACUGACUACCAUUUUGGGAUGACAAUACCUGACAUUGGCCAUGUGAAAGAUGGCACAGACUGUGGUCCAGAGCAUGUGUGCAUUGAUAGGAAGUGUGUCAGUAAGUCAGUGUGGGUAAGUGAUUGUUCUCCAGAGAAAUGUAAUAUGAAAGGGGUCUGCAACAAUUUACACCACUGCUGCUGCAACUUCGGGAGGGACCCACCACAGUGCCUUACAAACGGUGGUGGAGGGAGUGUUGACAGUGGCCCUCCACCUUCACCUCCAAAAGAAGGGAAACCCAAGAAAAAUAAUGAUUCAUCUGAUAAUUAUGUAAUUGUUACUCUAAUUCCUUUUAUUCUUGCUAUUUUCUAUGCUUUGUGUUCAUUUUUCUUCAGAAUAAGCAUGUAA